GUCCGCAGGGAUACGGUUCGGUACGUACCUCCUCUGGUUUUCCUGGGAUCUUGUGCCCUUUUUCGUCUCUGGAAAAGGAGUUCCGCAUUUAUUUUGCAGUGAUUCAACAGGCGACGGUGUAUCGACUAAGAUACAGACGUCUAUCCAGAUAUUUUGAAAUGGCGACAGCAGACAGCGUUCAAGAUGUGGAUGACGUCAGGAGAGGAGCAGCAGGGGGUUCUGCCGGCAGUAUUCUCAUCCGGCAAGGAGAGAGACGCAAGGAGGUCGGGGAAGAGUCCAGUGGGCGAGGCAAAGGUGUGAGGAUGUACAGGUGUGAGGAGUGCAGCAGACACUUUAGUCGACCAAGUCAUCUGAAGGUACACAUGCGGACUCACACAGGUGAGAAACCCUAUGGGUGUGAGGAGUGCAGCAGGCAGUUCAGUCAGCUAAUUGAUCUGAGGAGACACAUGCGGACUCACACAGGAGAGAAACCCUACAAAUACCGCAUGUUAUAG